GACGAGUGCAUACCUACCUAAGGCUAUACUACGUUUUGACCAUGCAGAAGUGGGCCAGACAGCCGCCUAUCCUAGGCUCCGAGCUUCACAACGCCGACGACCACUCAGUCCACUCGAAGGCAAGGCCCAGCUUUGACACAGAUUCUGAAAAGGCGCUCCAGGUGAUCUCUGCUUUCAAAGAAGUCUGUACCGGUAUUGGCUUGGCUUUUGCUUCAAUUCUCUGAGCUCUUGUGGCCAGCUGAAAGCCAGGAUUUGCAGAGACUCCUUUGGUCCAGCGGCAGCUUUUCGUGGAACAGGCAACUUAUUAGGGAGAUGGGCAAGCGAAGCUCUGCUAAGCCCCCGCCCAAGGCAGUGCAGCCCAAGGUGCCGACAACUUUCAGGUGUCCGUUCUGCAAUCAUGACCAGAGCGUCGAUUGCCGGCUUGACAAAAAGAGUGGUACGGGGGAACUCAGAUGUAGGAUCUGCGAUGAGCACUACCGGGUGCGGAUAAACAACCUCACGGAGCCGAUUGAUAUUUAUGCAGAAUGGAUUGACGAACUCGAGAAGGUAAACGACCCGAACUAUGCGGGAGAGGUCCAACAGGAGGAGGAAGCCUACGACAGUGACCGGUGAAAAGGCUAUGGUUUAUGAUGGAAGCGAAAGGCCAGGCGGGUCGUUCACUCCCCUUGAAACGUGCCAUCCGCCCCUGACAUCAAUUGUUCUCUCCAACGUGGGCAACUGCAAUUGCUUCUGGGAGACAGAGCCGGAUCUUGCAGCACGAGGACGGAAAGCAAGGGUUCAAGAUUGGGUUGAUUCUUUGAAGAAAUUCAACAGCAUUACGUGCUUGUUCGUCCAGACGAGCUUUUGUACAGGUUGGCAACUCGUUCGGCAUGUUGGCUGUAGUGUUCCACGUUCAGGAGAUGAGCCAGGCACCGAGAAGUGGCUGGGAUUGACGACCGAUGCUUUGCGCACACAUAAAUCCAGAUACUAGAUUAUCCUUUCACCGUCCUUAGUCCGUAUCCGCAACCGGUGAACAACCUCUAUGUCUAACUUGCCAUCGUGAUAUUAGACUGUGGUUGACAGUUGUAUACUAUUGACGCAACGUGGCCAGGACAUCUUAGAAUUGAACUCGUCAGGCGUUGCAGGUGCAUGUGCCUAUAUUCGAUCUGAUUAUGGGCUGUAAACAGCUGUGCUACCAUGAUCACUGAGUCAUAGCGUUCAUGAAGAACCCCGCGGACCCGCCCCU